AUGAUAGCCACUGACUUCCAGCCUUUCUCAAUAGUGGAGGACACAGGAUUCAAAAAAUAUUCACAGGCGCUCAACCCCUCCUACAUUCCUCCAAGUAGGAAGGCCUUAGCCCAGAAGGUCACGGAUAUGUAUGACAGGGAGACAGCAUCUUUGAAGAGAAGGGUGUCAAAAGUACCAGCUGUCUGUUUAACCACAGACUGUUGGACUUCAAGAACGACAGCAUCAUAUAUGUCUGUAACCUGCCAUUUUAUCGAGGAUUUCCGUGUGGCCUCCUGCCUCUUGGACUGUUUUGAAUUCAGUGAGCGGCACACAGCAGACAACAUUGCACAACAGCUGCUUAGUGUUGCAGCAGAGUGGGGGGUGGACAAGAAAGUAGUGUGCUGCCUAACCGAUAAUGCAGCAAAUGUUACUAAGGCUAUACAAACCAUUGGAUGGACGCACCUUCCAUGCCUGGCCCAUACUAUUAACCUGGUGGUAAGAGAUAAUCUGCAAGCUUCAAAGCCCAUCAUUGAUAAGGUGAAAGAGGCAGUGGAAUACUUUCACAGAAGCACCGUGGGGGCACAAAAACUAAAGGAGACUCAACUACAAAUGAAGAUGGAGGAGCUCCGACCAAAACAGGAUUGUCCUACAAGGUGGAAUUCCACCUACUACAUGUUGAAAAGCUUUAUUGCCAGUAAAAAUGCCAUAAUCUCCACCCUGGCCGUCACCAAUGCACCUGUUCGCCACCUGUCCCAGGAGGAAUGGACCACAGUGCAAGAAAUUUGCACAAUCUUGCAACCAUUUGAGGAAGUCACUGUGGAACUCAGUGCAGAAAGCUACUUGACAGCCUCGAAGGUGGCCGCGCAAGGUGUGAUCGACAGUCUGUGUGCAAGUAUGUCAUUGCGAUUCCACAGGAUUCAUGCCAACCACAUACUAGCAGAUACUGCUGCACUUGACCCGCGUUUUAGAAGGAUGGCUUUCCCUGAUGGCAGAACAGCAGAUGAGACGUUUCAAAGGCUGUCAACUGCAGCAGCAAGAAUUAGCAGUGACACACCCAUCCAACAGCAACCAGCUGUGGAAGGACUGGAAGGAGCAGGCAGUGGUGCUGGAUCAAUAGUUUGGAGCUAUUUCCAUGAGAAAGUAGCUGGAACAGUGGAAGCCAGGAAUCCCACCUCUGAUGCUGUCAUGGAGGUGCGAGCCUACCUGGAGGAGCCUCUUCUUCCAACACAUGAGGAUCCCCUCAAGUGGUGGGAGUGUCGAGCCCCUGUUUACCCAAGGCUUAGCAAGCUGAUGGCCAAGAAGCUUUGUGUUGUGGCGACAUCAGUUCCCUCUGAGAGAAUAUUCUCGAAAACUGGACAGAUAAUCUCAGAGAGGAGAAGUCGCCUUAAGCCCAAAUGGUCAGAGCUUUUGUCUUCCUUAAUGCAAAUUUGCCCAAGAACAAGAAAGAGGCAGAAAAAGCCAUAA